AACCCAGAAACAACAAUUUGUAGGCGGCAGAGAAAUUGUUUUUACUUCUUUUUGUUUUCUCUUUGUUUUUUUGUGUUAUUAUCCCCAAACCCAGCAAAAAAAACCCUAAAAGACUACAAAUUUCUUCAAGUUUUUGUUCAUCGGAAGUUUUCAGAUAGAAAAGAGUUGAUUUUGUUUUGUAAAGUUUCUCCCUUUUUGUUUGAUUCUCUUUGAUUUGAGUCUUAUCGGAGACUUAUUCUUCAAUUCCAGCUCUGGGUGGUGAGUUCGAAAUGGAGUAGAUUUGCUUAAUUUGGAUCUGUAAAUUCAUUAGUAAUCAACAGAGACAGUGUUGGUUGGUUCUAGAAUGUUCGACACGGAAUCUCAUCACUCAGAUUCAGCGCUUUUCGACAUCUGUUUCGUGGAAUUUACGACUCUGAAGCUUAUAUUUACUCAGAAAGAAGACGUUUCUUCAACUUCAUUGUGUAUUGGAGAUAUCUUUGCUCCUACACAGAGCUGAGUUUUAUAACAUCGUCAGUUUUGUUCUUGCUUUUGUUGAUUGUGAAGUUGUGAAUUGUAAGAGUAUGGUACCAUCAGAGCCGCCUAAUCCUGUUGGUAGUGGCGAAAACGUUCAGCCUUCGAUUUUAGGAGGACAAGGAGGAGCUCCUCUUCCUUCUCAACCUGCAUUUCCUUCACUUGUUUCUCCGCGUACUCAGUUUGGUAACAACAUGAGUAUGAGUAUGCUUGGGAAUGCCCCAAACAUAUCUUCACUCCUGAAUAAUCAGUCUUUUGUAAAUGGUAUUCCCGGUUCUAUGAUUUCUAUGGAUACAAGUGGUGCUGAGUCAGACCCGCUGUCUAAUGUCGGGUUUAGUGGUUUGUCAUCUUUUAAUGCGUCGAGUAUGGUGUCCCCGCGCUCAUCAGGUCAAUUACAGGGUCAGCAAUUCUCGAAUGUUUCGUCUAACCAGUUGUUGGCAGAGCAACAACGGAAUAAGAAAUUGGAGCCUCAGAAUUUUCAACAUGGUCAGCAGCAGUCAAUGCAACAGCAGCAGUUUUCAACAGUGCGUGGAGGCGGGUUAGCAGGUGUGGGAUCUGUCAAGAUGGAACCUGGUCAGGUUUCGAACGAUCAGCAGCAUGGUCAAGUACAACAGCAGCAACAGAAAAUGUUAAGAAACCUAGGAUCAGUAAAGUUGGAACCGCAACAACUUCAGGCCAUGAGGAACUUGUCCCAAGUGAAAAUGGAACCUCAACAUUCAGAGCAGUCAUUGUUUCUCCAACAGCAGCAGAGGCAACAACAGCAACAACAACAACAAUUUCUUCAAAUGCCGGGGCAAUCUCCUCAGGCUCAAAUGAACAUAUUUCACCAGCAGAGACUUAUGCAACUGCAACAACAGCAACUUCUGAAAUCAAUGCCUCAACAGCGUCCUCAAUUACCACAGCAGUUCCAACAGCAGAGUUUACCUCUGAGGCCACCUCUGAAACCAGUGUAUGAACCUGGCAUGGGUGCUCAGCGUCUUACACAGUAUAUGUACAGACAACAACAUAGGCCUGAAGACAAUAACAUUGAGUUCUGGAGAAAAUUUGUAGGUGAGUACUUUGCUCCUAAUGCCAAAAAGAGAUGGUGCGUUUCUAUGUAUGGCAGUGGCCGGCAAACAACAGGCGUUUUCCCUCAGGAUGUGUGGCACUGUGAGAUAUGUAACCGAAAGCCUGGACGUGGUUUUGAGGCGACCGCCGAAGUCCUCCCGCGGCUUUUCAAGAUUAAGUAUGAGAGUGGCACUCUAGAGGAGCUGCUAUAUGUUGAUAUGCCAAGGGAAUCCCAGAAUUCCUCGGGACAAAUUGUUUUGGAGUACGCCAAAGCAACACAAGAGAGUGUGUUUGAGCAUCUUCGAGUUGUUCGUGAUGGCCAGCUUCGAAUAGUCUUCUCUCCAGAUCUUAAGAUAUUCUCCUGGGAAUUUUGUGCUCGGCGGCAUGAAGAGCUUAUUCCACGAAGGCUUUUGAUACCGCAGGUUAGUCAGCUUGGGUCGGCAGCUCAGAAAUAUCAGCAAGCCGCUCAAAAUGCAACAACAGAUUCUGCUCUUCCCGAGUUACAAAAUAAUUGCAACAUGUUUGUUGCGUCUGCUAGACAAUUGGCAAAGGCCCUGGAAGUACCACUCGUGAAUGAUUUGGGAUACACAAAGAGAUAUGUUCGGUGUUUGCAGAUCUCGGAGGUGGUAAAUAGUAUGAAGGACUUGAUUGAUUAUAGCAGAGAAACAAGAACAGGACCUAUCGAGAGUUUAGCCAAGUUUCCUCGGAGAACAGGCCCUUCAUCUGCACUGCCCGGUCCUUCUCCUCAGCAGGCCAGUGACCAGCUAAGGCAGCAGCAGCAGCAGCAGCAGCAACAACAGCAGCAGCAGCAACAGCAACAGCAGCAAACAGUUUCCCAGAAUACAAACAACGAUCAAAGUAGUAGGCAAGUUGCACUAAUGCAGGGUAAUCCCAGCAAUGGUGUAAAUUAUGCCUUUAAUGCGGCCUCUGCAUCCACCUCCACCAGCAGCAUCGCAGGGCUCAUCCACCAGAAUUCAAUGAAGGCAAGGCAUCAGAAUGCUGCUUACAAUCCUCCAAACAGCCCCUAUGGAGGAAACUCUGUUCAGAUGCAAUCACCUAGUUCCUCGGGUACCAUGGUGCCAUCAUCGCAGCAACAACACAACUUGCCUACAUUUCAGUCUCCAACAUCCUCAUCUAAUAACAAUAAUCCCUCUCAAAACGGGAUACAAUCUGUUAAUCACAUGGGUUCCACAAACUCACCAGCAAUGCAACAGGCGGGUGAGGUUGAUGGAAACGAGUCUAGCUCGGUGCAGAAGAUACUGAAUGAAAUCCUGAUGAACAACCAAGCUCAUAAUAGCUCAGGAGGAAGCAUGGUUGGGCAUGGGUCUUUCGGGAAUGAUGGGAAGGGUCAAGCUAAUGUAAAUAGUUCUGGUGUUUUGCUGAUGAAUGGCCAAGUGAACAACAACAACCCAAGUAUUGGAGGUGCUGGUGGGUUUGGUGGUGGGAUGGGUCAGUCAAUGGCAGCUAACGGAAUCAAUAAUUUAAACGGUAACAAUGGUCUCAUGAACGGAAGAGUUGGGAUGAUGGUGCGGGAUCCAAACAGUCAACAGGAUCUGGGAAACCAACUCUUAGGGGCAGUGAAUGGUUUUAACAAUUUUCAAGAUUGGAAUGCGUGAAAUGAAGAUGAAGAAGAAGAAGAGACUUUGAACGGGUAAUGUUUUGCUUGCGCAGCAUCGCACAACUCAAAACUCAGGAUAAGGAUAGGCCAAUAAGCCGCGAUAUUGUGCUUAAGAAAGGAAAGAGUCAAAUCUUGUACCAAUAACUGGUUUCUAGGUCACCUCCACAAUCACCAUACCAUCUCUUGAGUUACUUGUUUCCUUUUUAUUUUGGGGAGUUUUUCUUAUGCUUUAUAGUUAUAAUGUACAUCUUUCUAUGGGUGUGUUCCUUAGGGCACAUCAUCAGGGAGGCAAUGAAUCAAGCUCUAUCCUUCAUUUAUCUCUCGUCUCUUCCAUGUGUUAACCAAACUUUCCUAAAUUCUGACCACAACGUUGAAUACAUAAUGCCUUUUUGAAACGAAAAA